AUGUCCGCAGACUCAUGCAGCGGUUCUACAGACGAGGAUCUUCUGUUCGUUAGGUUCGUCGAAGUUCCGGAAGUUCUCUACCACCCCCGCGCCGUGAACAGUCCCGCAGCAUGGAUUCGGUUCAACGUGAAAAAACUCGAGCAAUCUCGACGUCAAACCUCAGAAGCUCGAGCAGCGCGUGGAAUCGAUCCUUCCCCUUACCGUCGCUCUCAAUCACCGGCACGCCUGUCAGACCCUUUCUUCGUAUCGCAUGAAAGGCCAGAAGUCAUGUUCAGAAGAAUGUUGAAGGACGAAUCCGCGAAGAUCACAUACACCGAAAGCACAUGGUUUGCACCGGGCUUUGCAUGGAAUGCAGACUUCCUAGAGACAGCGUACAUCUUCAUCCCAGACAUUGAAAGUGAAGCUCGGCUCAGGUACUGGGCUAACUGUUGGGAUACCAUAGGGACCAUACAUCGACUUCUGUCCACAGCUAUCGAACACGGCCUCAAGUUUUAUUUAGCGUUACCACAGGACCGCCUGCGACAAUUCCGGCCAAUCAUUGUCGACAGUCUCGACCGCACCUCAGCUUCGUCUCUAUACACCGCGGGAUUUCAAGAACCAAAUCUAUCCCCGGCGGAGAACAUGGCGACUUUCUGCACCCUCUAUUUAGCAAGAAUGAAUGAUUUGCUUCGCCGCCCUCAUGCACAAGCUUUUAUAGGAGAAGGAGGACAAUUCAGCUGGAUCGCUAGGCGCUGGACUGGCGUUCGACUCAUAGAAGAAUUUAUGUCUGGCCCAUCCAUUCAAGUCACGGUCCACAACCGGGGGUUCUACGACUCCGCGUCCCAGGAUGCCUCAUAUCUAUCUCACGACGCAGUCUCCGAACAGGAGAAAGACUUGCUUCUCGGCUACUGCACUGGCAUUAACAGUUGUUCAGGAAAGUGGUUAUUCCCGCCAGCGGAGAUCUUCGACAACAAUUUCGAGCUCUGGACAGGCGAGUGGAAUGCAGCUUUGGAUCACAUCUACGGAAGGCUGGCGGAUGACAUCGCUAGAGGAAAAGGGAAGCUGCGUACAAAGGAGAAGUGGAAGAACUGGAUCAGGAACAACGAGCGGGGUCAACGUCGUCCACGAUAUCUACCUAUCACCCAAGACUUCACGGAUGUCAUGGAUGGGAUUUCGCGAGCGGGCCUAAGACCCACUUGGCACAAGCAGCUCCUCGAUGACAUUAUGUUCCCCGAACAACGAUGGGAUUAA